AUGGCUUCCUUUUCUGUCCACACUCUACCCCAUCCCGCUCAGGACCAUGCCACCUUUCUUGAGUAUUCGUCCCGUCUCAAGGUCCUGAGGUUGAGAAGCCUGAAGGAAGACGCGAAGAGUUUCAUAUCCAGCUACGAGAGCGAGGCCAGCCAGCCAGAGGAAUUCUGGUUGAAUAGACUCAGGGACGACCAUGUAACCCACCUUAUCCUGCUUCGCCAUGAUGCACAGGCAAAGAAAUCGACCCUGCUGGAGCAUCAAUGGGUUGGAUUUGUGGUCAUCGUCGCACCAAGUCCCAAGGCGGUGGACGAUUCUGGUCGAUCAUCGUCUGCCGAGUGGUAUAUGGCGGCACUCUAUGUCGAGCCUGAGGUGCGUGGGCAAGGGUUGGGGGAGCGCCUUGUUCAGGCGACCAUCGAUCAUGUCAGGGAAAACUCUUCGAGGGAAUCUGGCGAGUCCCCAUGCUGCCUCACAAGUGUGGUACAUGGCAAUGACAAUGCCCUGAAUCUCUACCAAAAACUCGGUUUUCGGAUCAUCGAGCCAAAUCAGGAGGUGGAAAAGGAAGGCAGGAAGUAUCUUACAACGACACUGAGGAUGGAGGUGUGCAACUGA